ACAAAAAAUAUCUUUAGCUUUGCCCAAUUCUUUGCCAAUCAAAUACACCAUCCUGUAACAGAGUCCCCUCCCUCAGUCCCUCUUAAUUCAGAUUCUCUGAAGUGUUGACAGCAAAUAUAAAACACAAAACCAAUUAUCUUCUGCUAUUAAUCUAUACCCUCCAUUACCAAAUGACAUCAACUAUCCCCACUUUCUCAAGUUUCAAUCCAAAUAAUUAUACCCUGUUCUAGAGGUGAUCAAAAUUCGAGCCGAAUCGACUUUGACACAAAAAGUCCUGCCCAAAUCUAUAAAUUUGUGUGGGGUUUUGGGUUGAAACAGGUUUUUUUCGGGCCGGGCUCGAACUUUGCUCUACAAAUGCAUAUUUUAGGCUACUGAAACCCGCACUUUUUUGGGCUGGCUUGAGUCGGGCAUGGUUUAUCCAUUAUAGGCCAGUUGGACUAAAAAGUAAGCUUAGGUUCGGCUCUUCACCGGUCUAAGCCCGCAAAAUUCGGUCCGGGCCGGCCAGACUUUACACAAAAAUUCAUGCCCAAACCCAUAAACCUGGUGUAGGCUUCGUGGUUUUAAACAGGCUUUUUUCUGGCCACUCUUGAUUUUGGUCUUAAAAAUUUCAUAUUUUGAGCUACUAAAACCCAUACUUUUUCCGACUAGGUCGGGUCGGGCCAGCAGGUCGGGCUAUAUUUGAUCAGGACUACACAGCUUCCGAUACAAUAAGUAACCACCCCUUUCCUUGAUUUAUUGUUUGGGGCCAAAAGAUCUUCCUUCAAACAUUAAAAAAAUCCCCAACUACUGCAAUUUAGCUCCCUCAAUUCCAACAAUUACAGAUCACCAAAUUACCCUUCCGUCCUCCUGGAAAUUUUCCUCCAUUUCCUUAUCUGUUUUGUGUGAUGAAGUCCAAAGCAAUGUCCAUCCCUCUUCUCCUCUUUGUCCUCAUUGUCAUCCAAAUGACCAUGGGAGAAGCUCAACUUUGUCCUGGAUAUUACUCCACCACUUGUCCGAAAGCCGAAUCGACGGUUAGGGAGGUCAUGAGGAAGGCAAUGAUCAGAGAAAUCCGAAGCAUUGCUUCGGUUAUGAGACUCCAGUUUCAUGAUUGCUUUGUAAAUGGAUGUGAUGGGUCGUUAUUGUUAGAUGACACACCUACAAUGCUAGGGGAAAAGCUUGCUCUUUCAAAUAUAAACUCAUUAAGGUCAUUUGAAGUUGUGGAUGAAAUCAAAGUAGCAUUGGAAAAGAUUUGCCCUGGUGUUGUUUCUUGUGCAGACAUUGUCAUCAUGGCUGCUAGGGAUGCUGUUGCUUUGAGUGGAGGGCCAGAUUGGGAGGUGAGAUUAGGAAGAAAAGACAGUUUAUAUGCAAGCCAAGAGGAUUCAGACAACAUUAUGCCAAGCCCAAGAGCCAAUGCCACUUCCUUAAUAGAUCUCUUCUCAAAAUUCAACCUCUCAACCGAGGACCUCGUGGCCCUAUCGGGUUCUCACUCCAUUGGCAAAGGUCGAUGCUUCUCGAUCGUCUUCCGCCUCUAUAAUCAAUCCGGGUCGGGCAAACCCGACCGUGCAAUUGACCCGUAUUUCAGGGAGAAGUUGGAUAACUUGUGCCCUCUUGGAGGGGACGGGAACGUGACCGGUAACUUGGAUGCAACUCCUACGUAUUUCGAUAACCGGUACUUUAAGGACUUGGUCGCCGGAAGAGGUUUCUUAAAUUCCGACGAAACACUUUAUACGAAUGAAGAAACGAGGAAAUGGGUGGUGAAAUUUAGUGAGGACCAGGCCGCAUUUUUUGAUGCUUUUGUAAAGGGUAUGGUAAAGAUGGGUGAUUUACAAUCGGGUCGGCCCGGCGAGGUUCGGAAGAAUUGUAGGGUUGUUAAUGGCCCCAAAAAAAGGGUUAGUGUUCCUUGGUUGGCAUUAUGAUGUUGUGUAACAAUUGACCUCGUAUGUACGAAGAUACAUGACCUAUUUAAGUAAGACAAAUAUUAGGUAGUGUAGUAAACUAUGGAAUUGCAUUUGAAUGAAUCAUCAAAAGUUUGUAAUAUCAAUUAUGAAUGUUUUCCGAAUAAAAUGGGAAACAUAUAUAAUUGCACCUCGGUGUAUGACUGUACGGUGUAUCAACUUAUAUUUCUCCUUUA